AUGGGAUUUCAGCCCCAAACCAACAGACUACACCUUUUCUAUCCCACUGUCACUGGACAUUAUGACGGCACAAAAAAGCAGCACAGAGAAAAUGUUGUCAAGAGUCUGGAGUCUCUCUAUAAGAAGUGGCUCACAGAGACCUGUGAACGUAUGAAUUUACCUGAAGUGGUGACAGCAAAGGUUGGAGGCAAAAUCUUCCCAUUUGGCUCCUACCAUCUGGGAGCUUACUCAAAAGGUGCUGAUAUCGACAUCCUGUGUGUCGGACCUGGAUUUCUGGAGAGGAAGGACUUCUUCAGGUCCUUUUCUGAGAAGCUGAAAGCUCAAAAAGAGGUCAAAGGCUUAAUGGUCAUUGAAGAUGCGUUCGUCCCAGUCAUCAAAUUCUCUUAUGAUGGGAUUGAGAUUGAUCUGGUUUUUGCUCUAGUAGCACAGAAAAGCAUCACUGAAAGUAUUAACCUCAUGGAUGACAACAUUCUGACAGGCAUGGAUAAACAAAGUGUCAGGAGUCUCAAUGGUUUCAGAGUCACAGAGGAGAUCCUCAGAAGUGUGCCAAAUGUUUUUAACUUCCGGCUGACACUGAGAGCCAUCAAGCUUUGGGCCAAACGACGAGGUAUAUACUCCAACAUGAUGGGGUUCCUGGGUGGUGUCUCAUGGGCCAUGAUGGUUGCCAGAGUCUGCCAGUUAUACCCAAAUGCCACAGCAUCCACCCUGGUGAACCAAUUUUUCAAGAUGUACGAGAUGUGGGAGUGGCCAUUCCCAAUUGUUUUGAAGAAAACGGUGGACUGCGGUCUCAAGUUCCCUGUUUGGAAUCCCAGGAUUAAUCUCGGCGACCGCUCACACCUGAUGCCUGUGAUCACCCCUGCAUACCCACAGCAGAACUCUACCUGCAAUGUGUCUCGCUCCUCCUUAGCUGUUAUAACAGAGGAGAUCAAGAGAGGAUAUGAAAUCACUGAAUAUAUCCGGCAGAAACAAGAAAGCUGGUCCAAACUAUUUGAAGCUUCAGACUUUUUGGAGCAGUACAAGCAUUACAUUAAGGUGGAACUAACCUCAACAACAAAAGAGCAGCAUCGAGACGGGGUCUGCCUGUUUGAGUCUAAAAUCAGACACCUGGUAGGAACUCUGGAGAGAAACCCGCUUAUUUCCCGGGCCCAUGUUAACCUGCAGUCCUACCCUGGACCACAAGAUGGUUAUGGAAAAAGCAACACAGUGUGGCUGAUCGGACUUGUCUUCAAUAUGGAUCAUUUUAAAUACCAAAGAGUCGAUCUGUUCACUGAGCUCCAGCCCCUCUUAAAUCAUGUCAAGAGCCUGGAACGAGGUUAUAAGAAGUCCGAUGAGGGGGCGACCUUAACAGCCAAAUAUAUACUGAGGGAAAACAGCACCUGGAAGCAACCUAAUAGGAGCCAAAUGGUGUCAUAUCCAGUCAGGCUCACACACCGCCAAAUUUCUAAUGCAGCACCUCUGAUACACCCGGCCAUAAAAAGAAAAGAUUUAACUCAAUCUUGGAUGCCAGCCAAGAAGAUAAGAGCUGACAAGGAAUUGCAUUCCAUGACAAGCAGCUCAGGUGCUUCACCCUCCCUGACACAGCAGGGCACAAAAAGACCUCUCUGUCUUCAACCAUUAAUGUCAUGCAAAAAGUUCAGAGCUGAUAUGGAGACAACUCAAGACCCCAGCACUUCUCAAAGCAUCAAGAGACCUCGCGCUACUGAGCCUGAGACACCGAACAAAAAACCCAGACAUAACCUGGAAUUGCAUUCCAUGACAAGCAGCUCAGGUGCUUCACCAUCCCUGACACAGCAGGGCACCAAGAGACCUCUCUGUCUGCAACCAUUAAUGUCAUGCCAAAAGUUCAGAGCUGAUAUGGAGACAACUCAAGACCCUAGCACUUCUCAAAGCAUCAAGAAACCUUGCGCUAAUGAGCCUGAGACACCGAACAAAAAACCCAGAGAUAACCUGACUGGGCCCGAAAAAGAGCUACCAGACCUGCGACAAAGUCUUUCCAAGCCUGCUAUGGCUGAAAAGCUCCUCAUCAGAUUGAAACUGUUCCGUGAUAACUUCUGAUGGAGCUCCUGACCAGGAGGGGGAAUCUUCACCAGCUGAUGCUGAUGGCGCUGCCUUGUUGCAGCGACAUAUUUUCCUUAUUAUCUUGACUACGUGGAUUCAUCAUGGAUUUUGUGAGCGCUUUGCUUAUGAACAUCGUUGCUCUGGGGACUGUCAUGAACUUUCAAACAAACGAACAAACAAGCCAUCAGCCCCACAGACUCCAAUAUAGUCGUGACUUUCUCAUUCAAUGCAGCAACUCAGCUGCUGGGACUGUACCCGACGGCAUCCCCCGGGAGAUCUGUAAACGCGGAGUUGUUGGGCAGUCAGCGGUACGAGGGGGAAAGCGUGACCGGAGAGGAGGAGACCGACAGCGGCUACUCAGCCCUGAAUGCUGCCGGUGGAAAACAGCAGUGUUGUACUGUUUUGUUUGUGUCACCGCUGACUGAAAGACAAAUUGCCCUCCGGGGAUGAUAAAGAAAACCUUGAACCUUGAACCUUGAACCUUGAACCUUGAACCUUGAACCUUGAACCUUGAACCUUGAGUGAGGAAGCGUGGAUGGAAAGGAGGAGUGAUUGCGCCGCCUGCCACAUCCGCAUUGGUGCAAGACUGUCGUAGUUAGGAAAUCUCUCUGCAGCCCUGACAUUGAACUUUUAUCUAUUUCCCUUUGCCCCUUCUAUCUGCCACGGGAAAUUCCGCAAAUAUUUAUGACGGUGGUAUAAAUUCAACCUAGAGCCAACAUGGUCAAUGCAACAUCCACAAUUGUUAAACUUGUGCAUAGUUUGCAGAGCAUUUCCCCUGAUGCCCCUCACUUUAUACUGGGUGAUUUUAAUUCUUUUAAUCUUAAUAGGACCCUUUCUCAUUUCUACCAGUGUAGUGGCAGAUCUUUUAAUUCAGUUUGAAAUGUCACUUGGUUAGUUGGAGUAAUCUUUUCUGACGCGUGUCCACCGUCAUUUAUAAAAUAAAAAUAAUCAAUUUACUCACAGGUCCGUAGUUCAAUCUCAGUUUAUUCCAUGAGAGUUUUUCCAUUUUCUUCCACUGAAAACUACUCAAACACAGGCUCAAAAUAGGUCACGGUCAAGAAACAUUACUUGUGAUGCUCCAACUAACCCAAAACAAAAUAAUGUAAUUACACACACCUGUGCCUCCUGCCUUAUAUAUUUACUGGCCCCACCCAUAAACAAAUUCCCACUUAAACUAAAAUGGCUUCUACAACCAGUAUGUAAAAUGCCCAACAAGGUAUGGAAAAGUGCUGGACAUGUGCUGUUGGGUUUUUAAACAAGCUGUAGGACCUUACCUUGGUCUCAUGCACAGGAAGAAUGAUGUCAUCCAUGGGGGUUAAGUUAUAUGGAUACGUACUUGAAUUGAUUUGUGAACUUGUGUUUGUUGUUGUGUGUAUUGCUUGUAUGUAUAGGAUGUGUGGACUGCUGUUGCAACAAAAAUUGCCCCUUGGGGACAAUGAAGAUUUCUAAUCUAAUCUAAAAAAAACGUCUUAUGUCUUGUCUUUUUGUGAUUGCAAAAAUAAAAAUGCAAAUGUUGCAAAUA